AUGGCCGCCAAUCCGGUGGUACCGCCGCCGGCACUUCAACCACCAGACCAGCAACUACCUUUGUCUCAUGGGGAAGGUUCUUCUAGACCUUCUUUUGUGUCGAUGGUAGGAGCCAAAGUGUCUACCAAGCCUCGACUACAACCAGUUCCUUUGGCGUCUCGCGCCCCUGUUUCUAUAGGUAAUGCUCCAGCAGUUUUGUUCUCUCCGGUGGAGGUUGACCAACUGAAUAAACAAGUCGCCAAUACGAUUAUCAUGAAAUUUUCUGUUGGUCGACCUAGUUUACUAGAAAUUCGUUCUCAUAUUUUGUCGGAGUGGAAACUUGAACAUGAACCAGCCAUUGGUUUGCUUGAUCCACGACACAUUACGAUUCAUAUGGGUUCCAUAUCUGAUGCUAAAUUAGCCCUCGCUCGUCACAGCAAAAUGAUCAAGAAUUGCAUGUUUCGUCUAUUCCGUUGGACACCUGAUUUUCAAAUUGGUAAGGACAGUUGUAUUGCUCCGGUUUGGGUUCGCUUUCCAAAGCUUCCGAUUCAAUAUUUCAAUAUCUCAUCAUUGGAAAGGAUUGGGGCGUGUCUUGGUACUGUACUGAGUGCUGAUGAACGCACUCUUGGUUUCACACAUCAAAUGUACGCGAGGCGUAUUGCUCUUAUUGUGGAUUACUGGGGCAUACGGCAGGAUGUUGUCGCAAGAAUAUUCGUGUAA